CCGCGAAGCUCUUAUAGGAGCAUCGCCCGCCCGCACCCACCCCAGGAACCACCGCAUUAGCCGUGGGACACAUCAUCACCUGGAUUCGUGGCGUGGCUUUUCCGGCACGCAGGCACUUUUCUUUUUUUCUUCUGUCUCUUUUUGCGCCUGCAUGUCCUACCAACCGGGAUAGUCCUUUCCCAACCGCCCCCUCCCUCUUCCACCGGCGCUCCUCGUCGGCGCCGUCCGCUCCUUUGUUCUGCUGGUCCGAACAACUCUCGUUUUUUUUCGUCCACCUGCCCGCUUUUGCUGCGUCCUCAUUCGCUCGAACUCCUGUCCGUCCGCCGUCUCUCGCUCUUACCCGGCAAAGGCGGCAAGCCACGACUACUCCGACCUGGCGUCCUCUCUUUGAUCUCUCGAUAAAAGACAAACCCACACUCCUUUGCUUGCUUUUUUUUGCCACGACCACCAGGUUGCCAUUCAUUCAUCCCACCAAACCGUUUCUUUUCUCCUGGUCAGGCACCGCCGACGUGUUCUCAGGCACGCACAACACCACCACGUCGUGCCUCAGUCCAGCCUUUUUGGGAUUUCCAUUUUAGCCCUCUUUUUAAUAUCCUUUGUAUCAACCAAAGGCCCCAAUCGCUCAAACGGCUCCCCCUGGCAAACACACCCGAACCAACGCCCGCCGCCGUUCCUUGCCAUCAAUGGACCGCCUCUCACCUGGGAAGUCCUGAAAAGCCGCUUGUUUCCCGACUGCGCCGGCAUCUCUGGGCACCCGCUCAUCAGACACGGACACACAUACACACGCACACGCACACACACUUGCUUCCCUCCUCCCCCUAACACUCACUACACCAUUGCCGACGUCCCCGCCAGAAUAUGACCAUUAGCAUGGCGUCCUUCAAGAAGUUCGCCCUCCGCAUCUCCAAGGCCGUCGUGGGCCUCCGCCGCACUGGGCCGAGGCGCGGACACGAUCAAAAGUCCAUCCGGGGCCUAGAUAUCUCCCAUCCGACAAACUUCCGCCGGGAAAGGACCUCCCUCCAAGGGUUCAACCAGGAGCAGCUCGCCCUCCUCCGAGAGAAGGAGCUGGCUCGCCGGGUCGGCGUCAUGGACCCCGACAGCAUGACGCCCGGCCGCCCGGCACUCUCGAUCCCGCUGCGUCCCGCCGGCGGCCCCAUGUCGUCCAACCCCGUGGCCACGGUGCCCGAGGAGCCCGAGAUGGAGGCCGAGCCGCGGCUAUAGGGGAUAUAAUACUGGUCCUGCCGGGAUUCAAGGUGUUUUGGUGGAUGGUUUUGUAAUUUUCCGAGGUUUACUGGUUGUGUUCUUUUGAGCAUGUGAGGUGGUCACUUGUAAUGGUAUUAUGUAUGAAUAUUCCAAGGUCGGAGUAAACGGCUGGGCCGGCGGGUGGCGUACAAGGUUCCCAUUUUCGGGUGUGGGCUACGGGGCAUUACAAAACGGACUACAGAUAACUGUGUCCAGAAGCGUCUUCACGCAGAGAUAAUGUUUAUCAACAUUUCCUAAAUCC